GUCGUCGUCGUCGUUCUUCUUCUAGCCCACAUCUGAUUUUGAAAAAAAUCAUCUUUUUAUUUUUUUUUUCCUUCGAUCAGAUCCAUAUCUUUAGAUCUAUGCCCAAAUCUGCUUCGGAUUUUUUUUUUGUUGCUUCGGCAGUUGUUUGAUUUUCAUCAUUGAUCCCUUCUUGGAUAGAAUCGCGUUUCUUACACGAUUUUGAUUUGGGAACGCAAAAUCGCGUUUCUUCCGGAAAAUCGUUACCUACUGUAACGAUUCCUGCUACUAAGAUUUAAAUUACUUGUAAGCGGAGGAUUCUUGUUCUUUCUUUUCAUUGUGAUACGAGGAAGAAGUGCAACAUGAGGAGCUAUACUGCAUCUUUUGGUGCUUCUAUUUGGACCGAAACUUCAAUAGCUAGUAGCCAAGAGAUGUACUUCAACCAAAACAAGGAAGGUGGCAUGUUUCGUCUUGUGCAAUUCCAGUCUUCUGACGAGGCCAAGCAACUUUAUGGUGCUCUAAUGCGUUGUCGACAUCCGAACUUGGCGCAUGUUUUACAAUUUACGGUGGAAGGAGAAGGAGGUUUUUUUUUAGCCUUCAGGAAACAAGGUACAAGCUUGAAAGACAUUUUGGAGAAAUUUGUUGAUGUAAAGAAAUUUUAUGAGGAUAAUCGAAUUACACCUUUCUACCAAAAGAUUUUGACUGACUUACUUCUAGUGGUAAGGCAUUUGAUGGAUACCAUAGUUAAGUGCACACUUGAUCUGUCAGACAUUUAUAUUUUGAAUGGUGGACAUGUUAUGAUGACAAAUUUUAAAUUGAGAGGUGUUUUACUGACUUAUCCAAACUGCCUCUCUUUUGGACACCAGAAGAGAGAAGAUUAUUUCCUCGUGCGUUUUGGAACUUCAUAAAAGGAAAAUCUUCUCUAUCUAGUGUGAUGAGUAUCUCACCUUUUGGAGAAAGUGUCAAUGUGAUUGAAAACAAUCCUAUAUUGAGGCAACUAAAGCAGCAUGUGGACAAUUAUGAAAGUCAAUUCGGAAAGGAUCCAUAUGUGUCUUCUGUUUGCGAUACUCGUGAAACUGAAGUAAGGAACAACUUGGCCUUAAUCAGCCAGUGCUUGUCCCACUUUCAUGAACUGAAAAUUACAAGCUUGGGUCUCAAAAAUGAAGAUGAGGUAGCAAAAUGUUUUGAAAAAGCAUUCAAGGGCUACAUCGGACAACUAUAUAAGUGGGCGUUGAUUUUUGAAGCUAGUUCACAAGUAAAAUUACUUCCGCAAAAGACAAUUUUGAGUAAGCUAUACAAGGAACCAUGAAUGACGUUUUUGUGGUAAGUGGGCUUUUGAUUCACAACCAAGAAUUUACAUUUUUGCAAGACAAGUGUUAUGUAUUGUGGAGGUCUUGAUGAAUCUUAUCAUCUUGUUUGUUUUGGCUAAAUUGACUAUCUUUUGUUUAUUCUUUAGGCUUCUAGGAGCUUAGGAUGAUAGCUAGGAGCCAUGACACAUGAAGCUCAAAAUUUGAUGAAUUCAUAAGUUUCCAAAAGUAAAUGUCAACUUGUGUACAUGAAAACUUUUUAUUAGUUUUCUUCAAUUGGUUGAAAUUUUAAGCUAAUCUUCUGUUUAAA